UGUCACCUCUGUCUCUAGGCAGUAGUGGAUUCAUCAAGCCUUUGUGUCUCUUUUUCCUUCUUCUCUCAGCGCACAAGUGAUCGGAGGGGUGAUGCCAGGGGAGCUGGAGAGAGAGCCUGGAAUCAAGGCACGCUCCAUUCAUCAAGGACCGCGUCCCUUGACAAGCUUGCAGUCCUGAUAACACGGGCCGGACGGGACUGCUUCUUCUGACUCGUCUUGCUCCGACACGGUCACGGAUGGAGAAAUUUCACUGGUGAAGGACAGAAGGUGAAGGGGUUGAAAUCUGGUCUGAUUUGUGUUUGGGCUCAUGAUGUGGCGGAUGGUUCGGUGUCCUUUCGGACUUGGUUGAACUGAACUUGGCCGGAGCCGGGAAUGCUCUCGGGGGAAUUGGAAAUGGCUCGUCCCAGCAGAAGAUCGGUGACUUCAAACCAAAAAAAUCAUCAAUUUCUUCACCUUCUUCACCUGCUUUCAUCGAAUCUCUACAGGAUUUUGAAGUAGCCACCCUUGUUUUCACAUCUUCCUGCUUAUUUCUUUGGACCGUCCUGAAUCGGAACCACCCCAACGUCUUCAUCCGAUCUGCAGCUUUCCCCUCAGCGGUGCUUCAACGUCCUGGGUGAGUGGGCGGUGGGGGUCGCCCAAGGAACCCCUGGACACCUGGGCGCCACUGAGCCGCCAAAGGCCGGCGAAGCGGGGCAAGGCUCGGCGCUGGGAAGAUGGCUGCUCUCGCCAGCUCCCUCAUUCGCCAGCGAAGGGAGGUCAAGGACCCCCAAGCAAACCGGCAGAUUGCCAGCAAGCGCAAGCCGUGCCCGAAGAGCAACAAGUCGCUCUGCCAGAAACAAAUCCUCAUAUUGAUAUCAAAAGUUCGACUAUGUGGCAGUCGAGGGAGAAAAAUGGAAAAAAGACCGGAGCCCCAGCUGAAGGGCAUCGUCACACGACUCUACUGCAGACACGGAUUCUACCUCCAGAUGCUGCCGGAUGGCACCAUGGAAGGCACAAAGGACGAAAGCAGCUCCUUUUUGCAGUUCAACUUGAUUCCUGUGGGACUCAGGAUAGUGGCCAUCCAGAGCACCAAGACGGGGCUCUACGUCGCCAUGAACAGCGAGGGCUACCUCUACACAUCGGAACACUUCACGCCGGAGUGCAAGUUUAAGGAGUGCGUCUUCGAGAACUACUACGUCACAUACUCAUCCAUCCUGUACCGGCAGACCCAGUCGGGGCGAGCCUGGUACAUCGGCAUCAACCGGGACGGCCAGGUCAUGAAGGGAAACCGUGUCAAGAAGACCAAGGGUGCUGCUCACUUCCUGCCCAAACUCAUCGAAGACUCCCAAAACGUUAAAACAUCUUCCCCUCGUAAGAGUUUGGCGUCGCCGUUUGUCCGAAUGAAAGGAGUGGGUGUGAGUGGCUAUCGAAAGCACAUCUGCAUCGCUCUCAUCCACCAGGACGACGGCCGGGGAGGGACUCCACCUCUUAGCAGCUAA